GAAGCACGCUGUUAGUUCCGUAAAGCGUUUCCCUUGGCUUCACACAGCAGGAUUAUUUACGCAGCUCUGCUGCACACGGAUUGUAGAGUUAACCAUUACCUUGAAAUGUUUUUUUGGUAUUCUUAGGCAGGAGUCUUUCUCUGUCUUUCCCCAUAAGGACAGACAGUAAGCACGACAUUCAGCUCUGAAUCUUGCAGGAAACGUGAUGCAUUGCAGCUAGCUUGCUAUUAGCUUUCGCGUUAGCUUUGCGAAGACCGCUGUAUCAACGAAGGGACCAGGCACACCAUCAUAGAGUACAUUAUGUCGGACAGUGUUAUGAGUAAAGCAGCCACAAUGGAGAUUCCUAUUAACAGUAAUGGAGACACGGGGGCAUUAGCAGAAGAUGACGGCCUUGAACAGGCUGCAAAGCUGCAGUGGAGCUUAGAUGAGAAGGUAGGGAGCUCCAGAGGCACCAGGGAUCUACAGCAGGUGAUGGUAUCAGGUCCCAAUCUCAACGAGACAAGCAUUGUUUCUGGAGGUUAUGGAGGAACAGCUGAGGGGAUCAUUCCCACCGGCUCAAUUAAAGGCCCUGCUGUGUGCUACAAUCCUGAGUUUAACAAAAGGAUCCCUGUUACAGGAUUUGGUCCCAACAUGCAACACAGCACCAGCAGCAGCUCGAUGACAGCAGAAGAGGCAACACGUGGUGUGGCUGUGGAAAAAUAUGAAGCAGUGAAAAAAUGGGGUUUAAACACCUAUAAGUGUACAAAGCAAAUGAUCUCAGAGCGUUUUGGUCGCGGCUCUCGGACUGUGGAUCUGGAGCUGGAGGCUCAGAUAGAGGUUCUGAGGGACACCAAACGGAAAUAUGAAACUGUGCUGCGGUUGGCCAAAGCGCUGACCAAUCAUUUUUACAACAUGGUGCAGACACAGCACGCGUUGGGUGACACAUUUGCUGAUCUCAGUCAGAAAUCUCCAGAGCUACGAGAUGAGUUUGGCUACAAUGCAGAGACCCAGAAACUACUGUGUAAGAAUGGGGAGACUUUACUUGGUGCCAUUAACUUCUUUGUGUCCAGCAUUAACACGUUAGUCAAUAAGACAAUGGAGGACACUCUGAUGACAAUCAAGAUGUAUGAAAAUGCGAGACUGGAGUUUGAUGCCUACCGGUCAGACCUUGAGGAGCUAAGUUUAGGUCCCAGAGAUGCAGUGACCAUGGCCCGUAUAGAGGCUGCACAAGAGCAGUACCAAGUUCAUAAGGAAAAGUAUGAACGCCUUCGCUCAGAUGUUAUCAUUAAGCUCAAAUUUCUGGAGGAAAAUAAGGUGAAGGUAAUGCAUAAGCAGCUCCUUCUCUUCCAUAAUGCCAUCUCAGCGUACUUUGCUGGCAAUCAGGAGCAGCUGGAGCAAACGCUGAAGCAGUUUAAUAUAAAGUUGAGGCCCCCAGGGGCCGACAAGCCUUCCUGGUUAGAAGAGCAGUGAGAGGCCCUGCGGGAAAUUUUGCAGCCUUCGUCUCAACCACCUGCACCUGUUACCUUUUAAAUCACCCAGCUUGCAGAGGACCACUACAGACAGAAACAAACUGAGAUAAACUGGUGGAUGAAGAUUC